AUGAAAUUUCUCUGUCAAGUAAAAGAAUCAAAAGUUUACAGUAUUUAUCACGCAACAAUGGCAAGGGUUUCACAGCUUACACUUAUUUUCGGUGACAAACUACAAACUCUCAACCAAAGCUCCUCAGAUGAUGCCGUCUUGAAGAAAACAUUGGCUUCAUCGUCGAGCAACGACCGUGAUCAGUUGACCAGAGGGGCUGCUUCUUGGUCAUCGUUCCAGAUGCCUGUUCACUAUCCAAGCUUCACGAAGGAAGAGUACGAGGCUAUGUCGGAGGAAGAGCUUGAUCGACUUCUCAAACUGUAUGGUCUGCCUACAGAUCUCGGUGACUUGUCUUGCAAGAAACAGUUUGCAGUGGGUGCGUUCCUGUGGGAGAAGGGAGUAAAAUCAUCUCCGGAUGAGCGUGAACUAGUAAACCCUAGUUCGUCCGUUGGUGAUUUGAGUGAGAGCUCUUUGAUGGGAUGGAUGACGGCUUUGAAAUAUAUGGUUCACUAUGUAUUUCGUGUUUAGCAAGUAAAAAUAAAUCCAUGGUAGCUUGGUCCUAAAGUUUUGUUUAUGGUUGUUUUAUAUGGAUAUCCAUCAUCACGCUAUGGUCUUGAAAUAAUUUUUGUCUUCAAUUAUAU